AUGAAUUUCAAUAAAAUUAGCGAAAGUGAUCGAUCAUUAAUUGAACAAUUACGUGAAGCAAUACGUGAAGAACUUUUAUUGGUACCAGCAUACGAUGAUGAUUUCAGCUUACUUCGAUGGAUUACUGGUUGGGAUCGAAAAAUCGAUUUGGUAGUACCAAAAAUUAAAUUUUCACUUCGUGCAAUAUCAGCACUUGGUCUUGACAAAGAAGAUUUUUCCACUCUCGAGAAAAUUUCAGCUUAUUGUGAUUCAAUCAGUGAACCAUUAAAGUAUAUACCAGGAUCUUUACUUGGUUAUGAUAAAGAACACAAUAUUAUUUCACUGCAGACAAUUGGUCACUUAGACGUACGUGGUUUAUUACCAUGCAUACGAAAUUCAGAUUUAUAUAUUUUGCGAAUUUCUGAAACUGAAGGUGUUAUGAGUUUGAUAAGAAAAAAUGAAAAAAUUCUAGGACGUCAACUUGGCACCGUUAUCAUAAUUGAUUUUGAUGAAAUUAGCAUUGAUAUGUUAUGGAUGCCUGCUAUUAAAAUGAUCACAACAAUGCUUUCACAAUUACAGGAAAUGUUUCCAGAUGUGAUACGUAAACUUUUUCUUAUCAAUACACCAACAUUUUUUCGAAUGUUAUGGAUGUUAGUGAAUCCGUGCCUUGCUAAACAUACCCAGGAAAAAAUUCAAAUACUUGGAGCUGAUUGGAAGGAAAAAUUGAAAGAAUGUAUCGAUGAGAAUGUUUUAUAUCAACAUUGGGGUGGUAUACGUGAAGCAGAAACACCAUUUGGGCAUAUUCGUAUGGGUGGAAAAGUUCCCGAAAAAUUUAGGUAUAAUCCAUCAAAUGAUAUUCCGGCAUCUAAAUUACAAAAGUUAAAAAUACCUGCGGGUACAUUAAAUGUUGUCCCAGUCAUUGUAAAAGAUUCUAAUCCAAAACAAAAAUUGUCAUGGUGGUGGAGAGUUGAAAGUGGUGACAUUGACUUUUCAAUUGUCAGAUCAAAUAAUUUAACAAAUUUAAAUGAUGAUAGUGAAGAUGAUGUUGUUAUUUGGCCAAGAUUUCGUCUUCAAACAUUAUAUGUACCAGAAAGUGGCAAAGUUUCAUGUGCUACACCUGGUACAUAUAAAUUGAUAUUUGACAAUAGAUACAGCAAGUUUUAUUAUAAAAUAAUCAAUUAUCAAUUCGAGAUAAUGGAAGAUUGA